AUGGCUCACGACGGCAGCGAAGACGGCCACGCCGCGCCGCUGCUCACGCCACGCCCGGAGUCGGCCGGGCCCCGGUGGUGGAAGUGGAACAUGUACCCUUUCGCCUGCGCCACGCUGGCCUCCAUGACCACCGUCCUCAUGGGCUACAAUCUCGCGGUGAUGAGUGGCGCGGAGCUGUUCAUCAGGGAGGACCUGGGCCUCACCGACGCGCAGACCGAGGUGCUCACGGGCUCCAUGAACCUGUACAUGCUCGUGCCCAUCCUCGCCGCCGGAUGGGCGGCCGACCUGCUUGGCCGCCGCGGCACGCUCCUGCUCGCCAGCGCCUUCCUCGUGGCUGGAGCGCUCUCCAUGUCACUCGGCCGCAGCUACGCCGCGCUCAUGGCCGCCCGCUUCGUCACCAGCGUCGGCGUCGGGCUCUCCCUAGUCGUCGUGCCGGUGUACAACGCCGAGAUCUCGCCGGCGUCGAUGCGCGGCGUCCUGUCCUCUUUGCUUGAUAUCUUUAUCAACGUCGGCAUCCUUCUCGGCUACGUGUCGAACUACGCGUUCGCUGACCUGCCGGUGCACCUCGGCUGGCGCGUCAUGUACGCCGCGGGAGUGCUGCCGCCGGUGCUCCUCGCCGCGGGGGUGCUGGCCAUGCCAGAGUCACCACGGUGGCUCGCGAUGCGCGGGCGCUACGCGCACGCACGCGCCGUGCUGUCGCGCACCUCGGACACCCCGGCCGAGGCUGACCUCCGCCUGGAGGAGAUCAAGCAGGCCGUCGCCGUCGCCGCCACCGCCGCAGCUCCAGGAUCCAGAGACGACGACAACGGCACGUGGACGGAGCUGCUCGUCCGGCCAACGGCAGUAGUGAGACGAAUCCUCGUCUGCGUUGUCGGGCUGCAGUUCUUCCAGGAAGCGUCCGGCAUCGAGGCCGUCGUGCUGUACAGCCCGCUGGUGUUCAAGCGCGCCGGCAUGUCGUCGUCGGACCGCGUGGUCCUGGGCGCCACCGUCGCUGUCGGAGCGGUCAAGACGCUCUCCAUCCUCGUGGCCACGUCCCUCUCAGACCGCCUCGGCCGGCGCCCGCUCCUGCUGGCCAGCACCGGCGGCGUGGCCAUGGCGAUGGCGUCCCUGGCCGCGUCGCUCUGGCUCGACGCGACGUCGGCGUGCCUCGCGUCCAUGCUGGCCUUCGUCGUGGCGUUCUCUGUCGGGUUCGGGCCGUUGGUUCCGGCGUACGGGGCGGAGGUCCUGCCGCUGCGGCUGCGCGCGCAGGGCACGAGCGUGGGCACGGCGGUCGGGCGGCUGGUGUGCGCGGCGGUGAGCAUGACGUUCAUUUCGCUCGCCGGUGCCAUCACCAUGCCUGGGUGCUUCUUGCUAUAUGCCGGCGUGGCGGCGGCUGCGUUUGUGUUUGUGUACACGCGGCUGCCGGAGACGAGGGGCCGGAGCCUGGAGGACAUGGAGGUGCUCUUCGCCAAGUGA